AUGAUGAAGACUCCUUCCUCCGUCUAUUACAAUGUGUCGGUCAAACCAGAGAAGGAAAGCUCUCCUGCUUCAUCCGUCACGGGCAAGUUGGUUUUGUCGUCCAGUGGACUCAUUUUCUAUCCCAAACAGCAGCAGGAAGAAUUCGAAGACGAACAAGUAUCCAAAAAUAGUAGUGGCAAGAUCAAGAUGGCCUGGAAGCAUCUAAUGAAACAUAAGAUGAAUGGAGCCAACAAGCCGCGGCCCAUGCUGAAACUCGUACAUCGAAAUGGAACAACCCAUCUACUCAAAUUCAAGUCAAGAGCAGACCUCCAAAUGGCAGUUGAUGAUAUGUCGGAAAGACUCGAACCAACUCCGAAAGACGAAUCGCAGCGCAAAGCCAAGACGGCAACAACAACAACUGAUGAUGAUGAAGAAGACGGUGAAGAAGCCACGGAAGAAAUAUCUGCAUUCUUGGACGGCAGUGACACAACCAUGACCAACAUUGAUGAUUCAUUUACUAGCCAUUCUUUGGUCAACGAUUUGACGAUGGACGGCUCCUCAAAAAUGGCAGACAAGAGCUUGAAGGAUUCGAGCUGGAACGAUUCCAGCAGCUGGAAUGAUUCCUCUUUAUACACGCAGAGUCGUCGACAACAACACGAUCAAGAACAGGGAAUCCCAGGUGCUUUCAAUUCAAUGGCUCCACCAGUCUCCAAGAAAAAAUCAUCAAGACCACAAAAGCAAACGAAUGUAGCCUCAUCCAUUUCCCAGGAUGCUUCUGAACCCGAGCAGCUAGCGGAUCGAGAACGGGGAAUACCCGGUGCUUUCAAUUCGACAGCUCCUCCAGCCUCCAAGAAAAAAUCAUCAAGACGAAAAAAUCAAAUCAAUGCAGCCUCGUCCAUGACCCAGGAUGCUUCAGAACCUGAGCAGCUAGUGAAUCAAAAACAGGGAAGCCCAGGUGCUUUCCAUUCAACGGCUCCUCCAAGCACUUCUUCCAAGAAAAAAUCAUCAAAACCACAAAGGCAAACCAAUUCACAACUAGCCUUGACCCAGGAUGUUGCCGAACCCGAGCAGCUAGCGGAUCGUGAACAGGGAAUCCCAGGUGCUUUCAGUUCAACAGCUCCACCAGUCAUUUCCAAGAGGGAAAAAACACCAAGACGACAAAGGCAAACCACUGCUGCCUCGUCCAUGACCCAGGAUGUUUCCGAACCAGAUCAGCUAGCGGCAUCCCUUGAUAGCAGUGGAAUGGCCCAUUCUUCGUCCACCAGUAGUACUCGUCGUCCAAGCUCAACCAAAGAAAGAUCUACCAAUGACACAAAUAGAGCCUCCAAGAGCAACAAAAAGAGACGAGCUAAAAGAGCUGAACGUGCUGGUGCCCAACACAUCCGGAACUCGACAACCAACGAACCCAUGCCAGAUCUGGUUCCACCGGGAAUGAUUGUGGGUCAGUCUCCCGCAGAGGCACGAAAGGGCCUAUCGAGAAUGACUCCACAACGGCAAGCAUUUCCCCACGAAAAGUUUGGCAAUAGUACAAUAGCAUCCGCGCCAACAGCGGCAGCAGGGGCAAGAAACAGAAACAACAGUGAGAACGACGAAGCAAAUGUCAGUAUAGUACCUGUCAGCAACAACGACUACUUUGACGACGAGAACAUAACGAGCAGCCAUCAUCCCUUGCUGGAGCAAGAGCCUCCAGAUGAGUUGCUGAUGACGAUGCAACAGCAACCACAAGAUGUUCACCUGGUUGAAGCUAGUCUCGUCCCUGAUGAGGAAGAAGUCGACCGUGACAUGAUUCCUCAAGCUGAAAUUGUGCAACCAAAAGAAGGACUGGCAAAGUAUCUACCAGAAAGCAAGCGCAAAGCACGGUUGUGCUUUGGACUUUGUGCGCUCUUGACAAUCGUGAUAAUCACGACUAUCGUUGUGGGAGCCGUUUGUGGUACGGGCAAUUGUGGUGGUGGUGGUGGUGGUAGCAGUGAUAUUGAUCCUACCCCCGCACCCACCAGCAGUGGGCCUGUGGAACUUGUGUCUCCAACCGUGUCAGUGCCAGUUUUGGGAAGAGUCGAGCGGUGGCUCAAUCCAUCAAUUGAUGAGUGCGAGUGGACGCUGGAGCUGCAACCAGCAGGUGGAUUUGAUAGUGUUCACCAGAUUGAGUGUUAUGACGAGGGAGCAGAGCGUGGGCGGGUCCAGUCCUUGAAACUGGUGGUAUUUCGAUUGCCAUUACAAGGCGGCAUACCACCCGAAGUGGAAUUGCUUGCCUCAAUGGAAACCUUCGAAAUCCAAGAAUCACAGUGGAGUGGACAGCUGGAAGAUGUCCUGCCAUACCAGCUGGGGUACAUGCCAAUGCUCAAGUCCUUCUCGGUCAUCUACAACCAACUGUCAGGCACACUUCCCCCUUCCAUCUUGGGUGGAAUGACAUCAUUGACAGGCUUGUACCUUGGUGUCAAUUCUUUCACGGGCAAGCUACCAACAGAGAUAGGAAGACUCACCAGGCUGACUAUCCUCGAUGCGGAUAGAAAUCAGUUAACGGGUCCUGUAUUUUCAGACAUUGGCCUUUUGCUCGAGUUGACACGUGUUGACAUUGACGGAAACAUGUUCAGUGGACGCCUUCCAAGUGAGCUUUUCAGUUUGGCUGCCUUGACAUCUCUGGAGCUUGGAGAAAAUCUCCUUACAGGAACUGUUGGAAGUGAACUAGGCCUUCUCACUAAUCUCGAUUGGCUGGGAUUUUCGGGAAACCAACUCCGUGUGCUGCCCAGCGAACUUGGACUUUUGACAAUGCUCACAGACCUUGUAUGCAGUUACAACUUCUUUGGUAAUGUUAUACCGACUGAAUUGGCCAUGCUUACGCUGCUCACAUAUUUGGAUCUGUAUGAGACUGCAUUGAACGGGUCAAUCCCUUCGGAGUUAGGCUUGAUGAUGCAGUUGACUCGCUUGGAUUUCGAAGGAAACCUGUUGACGGGCCCUGUUCCAUCGGUCAUUGGUGCCUUGACAGAGCUUACCCAUCUGCAGUUGAACACCAAUCAGUUGUCCAAUCGUCUUCCAACUACUUUUGGCUUCUUGACCAAACUGAAGUACAUGAAUUUUGACAACAAUCAACUGUCGAGCCGUAUUCCAUCCACCAUUGGGUUACUCACGAACUUGGAAUCCUUGAUUCUUUCCCAGAACACUUUGACCGGGCCUAUACCAACAGAGUUGCAAAUGCUCACAAACUUGUUGGAGCUGACUCUGAGUCACAAUCGUCUCUCCAGUACCAUUGGACCAUUGGGAUCACUCUCAGCUCUCGAGAAUUUGGAUUGUACAGAAAACCUCUUUGUGGGCCCUAUUCCAUCUGACAUUGGCGCCUUGACUGCUUUGACAAACCUGAGAAUACACAAUAAUGCACUGUCGAGCCGUAUCCAUCUACCGUUGGCUUGCUGA